AUGGCGAUAACAGCCAUCCACGAAGGCGAUGUUCGCCGUUCGUCAAAAGAGAAAACAGAUGUCGAGCAGAUCGAAGCCGUUACAACAACACCACCGCAGACGCUCGUUUCUCCAGAUGCCACCACUAUAACGCCGAAGACAUGGUUCGUCAUCUUCGUCUUGUCUUCAACAUUUGGUCUUUCUUUCUGGCCGGUACCUACAACCUCUGCCAUGAUGUCUCGGCUCGCUGUCCAGUUCGGUGAUCCCACGUCGAGCGCAUGGUAUAUACCCGCGUACACGACAGCAAACGCCAUUGGUUUCCUGAUAGCCGGAGCAAACUCUGAUCUUUUUGGGAGGAGGUGGUUCUUGUUGUUUGGCAAUGCAUGUUGUUGCGUUGGGUUUAUCGUUACCGCGACGGCGAAGGGAGCAGAUCACUUCACAGCGGGAUUGGCGAUAACCGGGUUUGGGGGCGGCUUUGCGCAGAUGGCUAUGUGCAGUAUCCCUGAACUCUUGCCAAACAAGUUUCGACACAUCGGCAUCUGUCUUUCGGAUGGUUUCGUCUUCCUCAUCGUUAUAAUCGGCCCCAUUGUUGGGAGGUACGCUAUCGAUGUCGAUGCGUGGCAAUGGGUUUACUGGGCUGGUCUUAUUGCUCAGUUCAUGUCCUUUGCAUCCCUAUUCUUGUUCUACAAACCGCCGAAGCAUCCCAAAGGAGUUCCGUGGGGCGAAGCAGUCCGGGGACUUGACUAUGUGGGCACUGCGCUCAUCGUUUCAGGCAUCUGCCUCACGCUUGUCGGCAUCGUUAACACCACAUACAAGCCAAGUUCAGACGUCACCGUCAUAGCUCCUAUGGUAGUUGGGCUGGUCCUGAUCGCCGCUUUCGGAGUUUGGGAGACGCUGUCGAACACCAGGUUCAAGCUCUGUCCACCGCAUCUGUUCCGGAGCCACAAGGGAAGAGAAUUCACGGCGCCAUUCAUCGUAGCAUUCAUCGUAACGAUGUUCUAUUACUCCGUCAACAUCAUCUGGCCGACCAUGGUGAAUAUCUUUUACCUAGGCCCGAAUGUGUCUCGGAGUACCGAGCUGCUACUCACACUACCACCAAACGUCGGCCUCGUAUUCGGAUCGUUGUGUCUGAUGGCUUUUGGCAACGUGAUAGGACACUGGAAGUGGACUUUGAUCAGCACUUGGACUGGGAUGGUACUCUUUGGCGCCCUGAUGGGUCUUGUGACUCCAUUUAAUCAAAGCUUGAUGAUCGCAUUUUGCUGCAUCAAUGCUUCGUUCUUCGGGUGGGCGCAGUAUGAGUCGAUUGCGUUUACACAACUUGGUGUGCCGCAGCAAGACCUCGGCUUCUCCGGUGGCCUGGCGGGCAUGGCUCGUUAUGCAGGAGGAUCGCUUGCUCAAGCCAUUUACACCACAAUCCUCACCAACACUCAAACCACGCGGGCUGCUGCUACGGUUCCCGCUGCAGCUGUAAGGGCAGGCAUGUCGUUGGAGAAUGCGCAAGCUUUACUUGCAGCUCUUCCUCUCGGUGCGGCCGCUAUCGCGGAAGUGCCAGGUACGACCGCCGAGGCUUUGGGCGCUGCUUCUUUGGCAUUUCAAUGGAGCUACGCGCACGCAUUGAAGGUUGUGGCACUCAGCAGUCUGAGUUUCGGCAUCGUGGGCUUGCUUUGCAUCUUCUAUUGCGAAGAUCUGACGCCUAAGAUGACGGACAAGGUGGAGGUCUUCCUCGAGAAUGACGUACCGGACGAUGUCCCGUACAAGGGAUACGACUGUCUAGACUCCAUGGCUCCACCAUCGCAACGGCAACCCCACCUUCCAUACUGGUACGCCAUGCAAGGAGACAAGAUGUGGUCUCUGUGGCUGAACGACGACGCAUGGAAACCUUGUCUCUUUGUCCCUCCUUCAAGGUCGCUUUUCUCCUACAACAAUGUCAAAGUCGGCUAUUGUGUUUGGCGCUUCUGGCGUGACAGGUCAGUAAAGCCAUUGGAUGUCGUGAUAGGGCCAUAUGCUGAUAAUGGUUCAAUAGGCUGGUCUUUCGUCAACGAAAUCCUCUCCGAUUACCCAAAGAAGGACACCUGGAAGCGCGUCCAUGCGCUGACGAACCGCCCGCUUUCUCCAUUGCAAACACAAUGGCCAGAGGACUCGCGCCUCAACUUGGUCUCCGGCCUCGACCUACUCUCCAAUAGUCAAGAAAGUCUUGAGAAGGAGCUGGCAGAGAAGCUACCACAAAUUGACGAGGUGACACACGUAUACUACCUUGCAUACAAAGCGGGCCUAGAUGUACAAAAGGAAAUGGAAGAGGCAGUGGACAUGUUUUCCAAGGCAGUGAAAGCCAUGGAUAAACUAUGUCCGGCUCUGGAAUAUGUUGUGUUGCAGAUUGGCACCAAAGUUUAUGGCGUCCACCUCCUCGCUGCGCUCCCAUGGUACGACGAGACCGCUCCCCCAGGCACGACCGGGCCUAAACUCCCUCUACCUCCACUCAAAGAAACCUUCCCCCGUAUACCCAGCCCGUACGCCGAGAUGCUCUUCUAUCAUGCACAAAACGACUGGAUCGCCGAGUACGCCAAGGACAAGAAGUGGAGCUGGAUUGAGACUCGUCCAGAUAUCAUAGUCGGCUAUGUUCCGAACCAGAACGCAUACUCGCUUGGUACGACAGUUGGUCUCUACCUAGCGCUGUGGAAAGAACUGUAUGGUGACGGAGCGGAAUGCCCAUUUCCUGGCACAGAAGGAGUCUGGAAGGCGCUGAGUAACGAUAGCAGCAGUGAUAUGAUCGCUCGCCAGACUAUCCAUCUCACCCUUUCCGCCAAGCCUAGGAAGGGAGAAGCAUUCAAUAUCGCUGACUCAAAAACACCCUCUAACUGGGAGGAAAAGUGGCCUAUACUAUGCUCAUACUUCGGCCUCAAGGCCAGUGGACCUGCACCCACUCCCAUCAACAUACGCAAGUUUAUCAAAGACAACAUGGAGACCUGGCUGGCGAUGGAGAGGAAGUAUGGCUUGCAAAAUGGACAUGUAGAUGGUGGUCGUGGCAUGCAAAUUGCCGAACAAAUGCUCAUGACUAAGUUUGACUUUGACAGACACUUUGAUAUGAGCAAGACGUACGGAACGGGGUUCACGGAGGAGAGGGGGACGAAGGAGUCGUGGGGGGUUGUGUUUGAUAGGAUGAGGAAGGCGAAGAUCAUACCAUAG